AUGAUGCACAAAGUUAGUGUGCAAAAUAGAGAGGUGACUACAACUGUAGUCAAUACAAUACCUCAGCUUGAUAAAAGCUUGAGGAAAUUACCUAUAACUAGCAAACCCCCUGGCUUAAAAUAUGUAGUAGGAAUUGACAUAGAAAAGCACUAUACUAGAGGUAUUGGUGAUAAUCAAGUUGCUGAAAAAGUUGCUAUUGUGAAGCUCUGUUUUGGCAACAGUUGCCUGAUUAUCCAAUUACUGCACAUGAAAGAACCUCCUUGUUCUCUCGCUAAGUUCCUCCAACUCCAAGAGUUAUCCUUUGUCAGUGUUGGGAUAAAACGAUGCGUUGAAGCUUUAAACAGAGAUUAUGGGAUCAAUAUGUAUUGA